AUGGCGCCUACCACCGAGCCCGCGAAGCGCGGUCGCGGAAGACCCAAGGGUACCACCAAUGCGCCCAAGCCAGCCCCUCCCACCGGCCCCAACCCGGGGCCUGCUGGCGGCGUGGCGAAGCGCGCUCAUGGCCGUCCCACCGUGAACUACGCACCGAAGCCAGCGGCCGAGUCUGAGGCGAAGCCCGCAGCCAACGGGACAGGCAAACCCAGAGGCCGCCCCAAGGGCACCGGCAAAGCGUCGACCACGGCGAAGAAGGUGGCGAAACCAGCAAACCAAGCAACGACGCCGAAGAAAAGAGGUCGCCCUGCAGGAACGGGUGCCACCGAGAAGGCGGCUGCUGCUGCGACUACUACCACACCGUCCAGUGGAAAGAAGAGGGGACGCCCUGCUGGGUCGGGUAAGAUAGCGAAAAAGGCUGCUCCUGUUGCUGAGGACUCUGCCCAAGAGGACGACGAUGAAGCCCCUUUGUCCGACAAGCAUGAGGAUGAGGAGGCUGCGGACGCCAACGGCGAAGAAGAGGGCGAUGUCGAUGAUAAUGUACAAGCGAACGGCGACAGCGCUGAAGAAGACGAUGACGACAAGCUGGAGGUUCGACCCUCCCCCUGGGGCAAGAUCGCGAGCAUAUUUGGCUGA